UUUUUUUUUUUUUUUUUUUUUUUGAGGUGGUCGGUGAAAUAAGUAUCUCCCUCGUUCUUCUUUCCUUCUUUAUUCUUUCACAUGUAUAUUUGUCGACAGUUUCUAUGGAAAAGCAAUAGGCAUCACUUUUCAUCAACUCCUUUGAAAAGAAGGUUAACAUGUUUACCACAAAAGGACCGACUUUUUGCUUUACGACAAGCCAUGGCAACUUCAUCGCCUGAACCUGUGGAUGUUUUUGUUGUUCCAACUGAAGAUGCUCACCAGAGUGAAUAUACAGCUGAGUGUGACAAUCGACGUGCCUGGAUUUCUGGUUUUAAUGGCUCUGCUGGUUGUGCUAUCAUUACUCAAAAGAAAGCUGCAUUAUUUACUGAUGGUCGUUAUUUCUUACAAGCAUCCCAAGAAUUGGAUCAUCAACAAUGGACAUUAAUGAAACAAGGACUUCCUGGUGUACCUACUUGGCAAGAAUUUCUUUCGGAACUUCCCAAUAUCAAAAUUGGUAUUGAUCCCUCGGUCAUUACAAUAGAUGAAGCCAAAAAACUUGAAGAUAAAUUAUCACAACAUGGAUCUACAUUGGUACCUCUAACCGAAAAUCUGGUGGACAAGAUUCGUGGUGAUACAAGACCUGCUCGUCCAACCAAUUCAAUCAAAGUGCAUGAUAUCCAAUAUGCGGGCAAAACUCAUAAUACAAAAUUGACAGAGCUGAUGUCUUAUGUGACAGCACAAGGAUGUGAUGGAACAGUUGUGACCAGUUUGGAUGAAAUCGCAUGGUUGUUGAAUUUACGUGGAUCAGAUAUUCAUUGCUGUCCUGUAUUCUUUGCUUAUUGUGUCGUAACUCCAAAUCAAACACUACUCUACAUCAAUGACAAUAGUGAUGGUACUCGCCUGACCAAUCUUCAUGAUCAUUUAUCUUUGGCCAAUAUACAACUGCGUGAUUAUGACCAACUAGCUUCAGAUAUCAAAAAUAUGACUGGUGUUACAAAAUGGUUCAUUGAUCCUCACACUACAAAUCUUUCCAUUAUACAAGGCAUUAAGGAUCGUGUUCAAUAUGGUACUUCGAUGAUACCACUAUCCAAAGCAAUCAAGAACACUACGGAAUUGGCAAGUACUAAGAUGUGUCAUUAUCGUGAUGGAGCAGCUGUCAGUCAACAUUUUGCAUGGUUAGCACAUGAAUUAUGUACAAACGAAAAUAAAAGUAUACGAGAAUACGACGCAGCAUUACAUUUGGAAUCCAUGCGAAAGAAUCAUAGUGAAUACGUUGGUUUGGCUUUUGAUACCAUUGCAGCUACUGGACCUCAUGGUGCUAUCAUCCAUUAUCAACCAUCAGCAAUCGAUUCUGCCGUUAUUGAUCCUCGUCAACUUUAUCUUUGUGAUUCAGGUGCACAAUAUGUAGAUGGUACAACAGAUAUUACUCGAACAUUUUUAUUCCUUGGUCAACCAAGUGAUUUCCAGAAAAGGGCAUUUACUAGAGUUCUUCAAGCUCACAUUGCAUUGGAUCAGGCUAUCUUUCCUAAGAAAACAACAGGAUAUCAAUUGGAUACAAUUGCAAGACAACCAUUAUGGCGUGAUGGAUUGAACUAUCGACAUGGAACUGGUCAUGGUGUAGGAGCAUAUUUGAAUGUCCACGAAGGACCCCAUGGUAUUGGUGGUAGAAUAUCUUACAAUGAUAUUCCACUUGAACAAAAUAUGUUGGUAACCAAUGAACCUGGAUAUUAUCAAGAUGGUGAAUUCGGCAUUCGAAUUGAAAAUGUUUUAGCUGUUUGUCAAGCAUCAACUCCUUAUCACUUUGAUGGCGAAUAUCUUGGAUUUGAACAUCUGACUUUUGUACCUCUUGGCAAGAAAUUAAUAGAUAUAGAUUUACUAGAUGAUAAUCAGAUACAAUGGAUAAAUGAUUAUCAUCAAAAGUGUAGACAUAUUUUAGAACCUUUACUUCAAGGCGAUAGACAAACUUUGAUAUGGUUGGAGGACGAAACGGAGCCUCUUUCGAAAUAAAUUUUUUUUUUGUCCCUAUAAUUUAUUUACCGCUUGGUACUUUU